CCCCAAACCAAUGCAUUUUCACCCUCCGAAAAAUCUCACUUCCGCCUCCUCUCUCAGUUUGACACCAACCUCUCACACGUUUACUCCACUAUUUUCCACAACAUUUUCAUAAUUUCCCCCAUUCAACGGAAAAACCACUGGGAUCAAUAUGACAGAGGCGUACUGGUAUCGUAGGCAUUGUUUCGGGCACGAGUCACGCUGAAUUCAAUUUGUGAAGGGCUGUCGUGAUUUCUGGAUUGAAAUUGCAGUUUUAACGAAAUGACUGAAAAUUCUGGAGUAUUUCCUUGGUGGAAAAGAAAGCACAUGCGAUUGGAUGACGGCUGCAACAACAAUCUGAACAGCUCGAUGAGCAAUGAAACAAAGAAUGAAGCCAAAUGGAAGUGUCCUGGGGACACGAGCAUCGUGGAACCCGAGGUGAUGGUGGACCUUGGGGUAAGCAUGCUCGACGACGAAACCAGUUGUGAGAGUCUGAAGAGAUCACAGUCCCAGGGUUGCUCGGUAUCACCAAGUAGUCUAGUAUCCAGCAGACACGCAGCUAUGGAUGAGAAAGAGAAUCUGUAUCGUGGCACUAAAUAUGAAAAAGGAAAGCUCGAGAGGCUGGAGCAAGAUUCACACGUACUCAUGGAUGAUUCAACGAGAAUUUCAAACUCCCUAGACAACGAAUCGGGUUAUGCAUCGAGGAUCAAGGGUGAAUCCUGUGAUGAGAAGCAAUUGGAACAAUUCAACACAAGUAGCUCAAACUUAGAUUUCAAUGGGCUCGAUCAGUUUUACCUCUUCAGAAGAAAAAAGAGGGCCUCCAUUAUGGGAGAGGAUAAGUUCUCGAAGCUGUCUGAUGAGAUGAUACUGAUGAUUCUCAAAUGGCUGCCGAAAAAGUGUUUAGUACGUUCGAUGUUAGUAUGCAAACGAUGGUGUCAAAUAGCUAGGGAUGAGGCCCUUUGGACUCGUCUGGAUCUUGGGGGUAAAGUUCUGGGUCAAGGAACAUUGGGACACAUUUUACCACGUGGUGUGCAAAUACUGAGGUUGGCACAGGCUGAGCUAGCUGAUCCAGCAUUUUCCCCAGGGUCCGAAGUCCUCAGUGAUACUUAUACGAGUAAACUACAGUAUUUAGAUCUUUCAAUGGCAGUUAUAUCUACCGAUGGAUUGGCUAAUCUUCUGAGCAAGUGCCGGCUGCUGAAGAAAUUGUCUUUGGAGAAGUGUACGUUGAAUGAGAGAAUCUGUCGGGCUAUCAGCCAGAAUAAAGACAUCACGGUACUUAAUUUAACUAUGUGCGAGGGAAUUGAUUUCCAGUGCAUCAGGCAUAUCGUUAGUUUGAACAAUCUGAAUUCCGUGAACAUGUCCUGGUGCUCGUUGAGUGCUAAAUCAAUAACUCUUCUCUGUCAAUCCCUCCCGGGUAGCAUAACUAGACUGAAUAUCUCAGGAUGCAGGAAAUCAAUGACUGAUGACGACGUCAAGGACAUUGUCGCCAACUGCCCUGACCUCGUCGAGCUGGAUCUCAGUGACUGCACACUUCUAACAAUAAAUGCAAUCAACAGUUUUCUGAAUCUCCAUCAGCUUGAGCACUUGUCCUUGAGUCGAUGCUACGGUAUUCCCCUGUCGUCAUCUUAUGCCAAACUCACUCAGAUGGCGUCUCUCCGGUAUCUCGAUAUUUUCGGAUUGAUGACAGAUGCAGGACUCAGGUCGUUCCAGGCUAAUUGCAAUAGUACAGAGAUUAAUAAAUUCCUGUUCAGCUCUGUUGCAAGACCCACUGUUGGUGUGCGAAGAACUAGUAUAUGGGCACUUCGUGUUAGGGACUAAAUUCUCAAUCUUUUUUAUGAAAAAUAAUUCUCAAAAGUAUCUCAUUGUUUAGACGGGAAGCUGCUGAUUAAAUGGAAAGUGCGAGUACGUUUAUCAUUUUAAUUUCAUAAUUAGGGAAGAAUGGGACUGAAUGAAACACAUUUUCCAACGUUUCAGUGAGCUUUUGAAAGCAAAGGAUAUUAAUGUUCCAUUUUUCUCCACCCUUUCCUAAUUGAAAGUUGAUGAGUUGUGAGUAAUUACCCCAACAUUUAAGGUCCGGCUGAAGUUUUUUUUUUGUUAACUCGAAUAGUUCAAUGUUCAGCGAAAAAUAUCUAAAUAAUGGUCGGAAGAAUAUCCAGCCGGAAAUCAGAUUUCAUUUCCAAAAUUUUCAUACGACAAAUUGUACGUAAAAUUUGCUGCGAGUCAUAAUAUAAAUAAAUAAAUGCCAGCAAUGUGUU